GAUUUCCCCUGUAUCUGUAUUCUCUGGCUCAUUCAAAUGGAUAAACCUUACUCUUUUUUCUUUCUCUAAACCAUUUUCACUCUUCGCUAUCAAUAAUGGUGGGAAGAAGAAAGCCUUUGGUUCUCGCUUCAACCAAAACUCUUCUCAAUUCUCUCCUCACUUCGUCGCAACUCCGCGAUGGAGAUCAGCCUGUACAUGCCACUAUGGCCCCUUCCAGCACUAGUUUGAAGUUGCCGGUUGGAAUUCUCCGUUUUCCUAACUCCACUACCGACGUUAUUGACUCAAAAUUGGCUUCCCUAGAUGACUCUGCUUUGAUCGGCGUCUCCACUUCUGUACUCAAAAGACUCUCUGUAACUUCAGGCUCUACGGUGCUUGUAAAGAAUGUUGAGAAUGGGAAACAAAGAAUUGCCCAGACCAUUGUUCUUGAUCCUCCUGACAAACACAGAGAAUCUUCAGAUGGUGAAGAAGAUUCUUCUCAAUUUUCACGGGAAAUGCUAAUUUUUCCUUCUUGUAAAUUUCCGGAAACUGACCCUAAGUGUUUGGACCGUGAAGUUGCGUAUGUAUCUCCUAUGUUAGUAUUCAAUCUUGACUUGCAUAUAUUGUGCUUGAAGUCUCUUGUUCAAGGAGGGGAAGAAACUAUAGCAUCUUACUUCAAAGAAAAAAAGGAUGACAAUGUUUUUAAGAAAGGUAUUGACAAUUCCAUCAUUGGUAUACAGUUGGAACCAAUUCAUUUCAAGCCAAGAUAUGCUUCUCAUUUGAGGGUUUCUUUUGUGAGAAUACCUGAAUGCGGUAUACUUGAGUCUCUUAAAAGUAGUUCAUCUGUUGAAGCUGAAGAGCGUCAAGAGAUAAUUGAUUCAGCGUUACACAAAUACUUUGAAGUAGAUAGAUAUUUAGUCAAAGGUGAUAUUUUUAGUGUCCGUAUUAAUUGGGAUUGCAAGUCAGCCAUUUGUGUUCCAUGCAGACGAAGGUUUCAAUCUAAAACUGAUGAUAUUAUCUAUUUCAAGGUUGUGGCUAUGGAACCCUCUGAUGAACCCAUUUUGCUAGUUAAUCGCACUCAAACUGCUCUUGUUCUUGGAGGGAACGCUCCUUCUGCUCUUCCUCCAGAUUUGUUGAUUGCUGGUUACAAAGGUUUUGCACCUUUGCAAGAAGAAACUGUGAAACUUUUGGCUUCUGUACUUACACCAGCUAUUUGUCCAUCCACACUUUCGUCAAAAUUCAGAGUUUCUGUUCUAUUGCAUGGCUUGGCAGGGUGUGGGAAGAGAACUGUUGUUCGGUAUGUUGCUAGUAGAUUAGGCCUGCAUGUAGUUGAAUACAGCUGUCAUAAUCUCAUGGCGGCAUCUGAGAGAAAGACAUCAGCUACUCUAGCUCAAGCUUUUAACACAGCUCAAAGAUACUCGCCCACAAUACUUCUUCUUCGAAAUUUUGAUGUUUUCCGAAAUCUGGCCUCUCAGGAUGGUUCACCAAGCGAUCAUGUUGGUAUAAUUUCAGAAGUUGCUUCAGUUAUCAGAGAAUUCACUGAGCCAAUUUCUGAAGAUGGAGAUAUUGAUUCUGAAGGAAAACUAAAUGGUGAUUUUAACUCAAGCAAUAGUGGAACCAGACAGAUGCAUCAGGUGUUUUUAAUUGCAGCUGCUGAUGGAUCUGAAGGUCUACCACCAAUUAUUAGGCGUUGCUUUAGCCAUGAAAUAAGCAUGGGCCCUUUGACUGAAGAACAAAGAUUUACAAUGUUGUCACAAUCGCUGCAAAGUGUAACUAAACUUAUUCCUGAUAUAAAUACGGAGGAUUUUGUUAAGGACAUAGUUGGACAAACAUCUGGUUUCAUGCCCAGAGAUAUGCAUGCUUUAAUGGCUGAUGCUGGUGCUAGCUUGUUUUCCAAAGUCAAUACUCCUAUCGAUCCAGAUGAGUCCAAGAAAUUAAGUCAGUCUCCAAAGUUUCAAGCAGAACCAGGCAGUGAGUCUAGUGAAAGUACAACUCAGGUUCUGGGGAAAGAAAACUUGAUGAAAGCACUGGAUCGGUCAAAGAAAAGGAAUGCAUCGGCAUUGGGUACUCCAAAAGUCCCUAACGUGAAAUGGGAAGAUGUUGGUGGGCUUGAGGAUGUGAAGAAGUCAAUUCUGGAUACAGUUCAGUUACCUCUAUUGCACAAAGAUUUGUUUUCAUCUGGCUUACGCAAGCGCUCAGGUGUUCUUCUAUAUGGACCGCCUGGAACAGGAAAAACUUUAUUGGCAAAAGCUGUUGCAACUGAGUGCUCUCUGAACUUUCUCAGUGUAAAAGGACCUGAACUAAUCAAUAUGUACAUAGGAGAAUCUGAGAAAAAUGUUCGCGACAUUUUUCAGAAGGCUAGAUCAGCACGCCCAUGCGUUAUCUUUUUUGAUGAGCUUGAUUCUCUUGCUCCAGCACGGGGUGCAUCAGGGGACUCUGGGGGUGUUAUGGACAGAGUUGUUUCUCAGAUGCUUGCAGAGAUUGAUGGCCUAAACGAUUCAACACAGGAUCUUUUCAUAAUAGGAGCUAGUAACAGACCAGAUCUAAUCGACCCGGCACUUCUACGGCCUGGCAGAUUUGAUAAGCUACUAUAUAUUGGAGUAAAUUCUGAAGCAUCUUAUCGAGAGAGGGUCCUCAAAGCACUGACCCGAAAGUUUAAAUUGCACCAAGACAUAUCGUUAUACACAAUAGCAAAGAAGUGCCCCCAAAACUUCACUGGUGCCGACAUGUAUGCAUUAUGUGCAGAUGCAUGGUUUAAUGCAGCAAAGCGCAAGGCUUUGAGUUCUGAUUCUGAUUCUUCCAUGGAUAAUCAAGCUGAUUCUGUUGUCGUUGAACAUGAAGAUUUUAUGGAGGUAUUGAGAGAUCUUUCUCCUUCACUCUCCAUGGCUGAACUUAAGAAAUACGAGUUACUUCGAGAUCAGUUCGAAGGGCCCUCAAAAUAAGUUCUUGGAAUGGCGUUUUCAAAUCUUUUUAUGUUUAUACUGUGGUGGUAAUCAGCAAGAUGGCCAUCAACAUCAAGCUACGGAAAAGUGGAUUUUUUCGUUUCCCUUCUUUUGAUACAAGGAAUUAUUUAUGUUUGUAAACGUGUAAUAAAAACAUUGAAACAUGUAUAAUGUGUUCGUUGACUUUGACAUUACACCUGUGUCAUUUAUAAAAUAUAAAGUAUAGGCUGACUUUGAAAUUGAAAGUUGUAAGAGCUCCAGAAGACUAGGCAUACUUUGACUUGAUUUCUUGCUCAACUUUUGUGUUUGAAAGUACAACGUUAUAGAUAAAGAGAAUUGCUACUUUUUUUUUA